ACUCUCCGUCUCCACCGGCUGAGACUUGACACCCGCACUGCUUCCACCUUGCAAUCCGAAGGGUCCGAAGGACGCGCCAUGGUCCGACGGAUGCGCUUCGUGGUCUCCGUGAAGGACGCCAAACCGGGCGACAAAGUCUUCGUGGUGGGGAGUCUUCCUCAGCUUGGACAGUGGAAGCCAGAUUGCGCCAUUGAAUUGAAGACGGAAGAUGGCUUGUUCCCCAAGUGGCAGGUUGAGGUGGAGCUGGAACAAACAAGUUUCCAAUACAAGUACCUAUGGAAGCAUUUCAGUGGUGGACAUCUGGAAUGGGAGAGCAGCGCGGAUCGGAGCUGUCUUGAGGGUAUCUUGCCAGAAGAUGGCGAGUUCAACCACAACGACUCCGCCGUGGAGUGCCCUGUGAAAGCUGGCUCUUAUGUGUACUUUCACGGUUACUACGCUCAUGCAGAUUGGGUCCAGCAGGAGUUUGCCAUGCUGAAAAGUGAACUACGGAGCCAAGCAAAGGACUUGGAGAAUCAAGGUGCGCUUCUGGAACAGCAAGCCAUGUCUUCAGGGAGGCAGCGAGCACUCAUCGACGAGCAGAAGAACCUCUUGACUGCGCUUCAGGCGGAGUUGGAGACGCAGAAGCUCCAAACCCAGCAGCUGCGAGGGCAGCUGAGUGAUUUCGCCGGGAUGACAGAGGAGCUUCGUCAGGAGAUCAGAGUGGCGGUGACGAAGGCAGAGCAGCGGAAUGCCGAUCGGCUGCUCCGGCGGCUCGAGGAGCUCAAGGCAGACAUCGACAAGGAUGUGGCGAAGGCCGAGCAGCGGAAUGGUGAUCGGCUGCUGCGGGAGCUGAGUGACUUCCGGGCCAUGGCGCCCGUGGCCGAGGAACUCACCGUGGAGAUCCGGGAGGCUUUGAUGAAGGACAUACCCAGCAUCGUGACUUCCAUCCUGGAGGAUUUCAGAGGCCACGAUCAGCCUGGCGCUGCAUUCUUUGAGGAAGAACACCAGCAUGCGGAUGGGUGCCACGAAUGCCUUGAUGCCGCAAUGCCUUCAUGUCAAUCUCAUCAAGCAGAUCCUGCGUACCAUGCUUCAAGCACCAAAGCUGAUUCAGACUCGCAGCUCUUCCCGCUGUGGACAGGUGUGGACAAAUCUAUGAAGAUCAUUCCAGCAGUUGCGCCAGUGAGCUCCGAAGAUUCCUCCAGCUACUAUCCGAGCCUCAAGGCAAAGCCGCAGCACGACCUUCCAGUGCUUGGCGAGACAUCGAUGGUCUGUUGGGAGACACCUCCGCAACCGCUCGAAGAGGAAGCCAAGAAAUUAACCCAAGAGGUUGUGAACGAGCUGAUGAGCCUUUGGAAGGGCACCAAGGAGGAGAAGACAAAGCUUCUGAAGACUGUACAGAGGAGGCUGCAUCCAGACAAGGGUGGGCAUGACGAAGCCAUGACGUGGUUCCGGGACUGGAAAGAUUGCCACGAAGUAUGGUACUUGCGAGGCUCUCAGUUGGAUCUGCCUAGCUCCACCUCUACGCAGCCAGCAGGUUGAGGGUGAGAGAGUUUAUUGAGCGAUGUGGGCGGAUCAAAGACGUCCCAGCAUUUUUGGAGCCGCUGCGUGUUCUCCAACACAGGUUUUCUUUUAAGUGUGUUGUCUUCUCUA